GGAAUGGAACCUUUUAUGGGGUUUUGAAUGGAAAGAAAAAACAUCGAUCACCCAUUAUUUAGGAAGUUUUAACUGUCUGGACUCCAAAUAACAAUUCCUAAAAUUUCUCUACUCCAGACUUCUUUUUCCAUUUCCUACAGAAAUUAUGGUUGUAAAAUUUACACACUCAAGUGAGUUUGAUGAAUUUUCAAGUUCCAGCGAAUAAUAGGAAAACACAGAGGCUAAAAAAAUAACAAAGAAAGCACCAAAGAAAGCUCUCGGUGUAACCAUCUCUGCCUUGGCUUGGGAUCCAGGGCAGAGAUCUUCCUAAUCUCUGUCUCAAUUCCGGACUCAAUCCAAAAUGGCGUUUCAAGAUUUUGAUCAAAUUUCAGAGCGGAGAAAGCUCGAAAGGCAGCAAAAGAUGAAGAAGAGGAUCAUGAUUGCAGUUGUAUUACUCCUCCUCAUCCUUGUUGCUGUUGCUGCUACUGUCGUCUAUUUUGUUGUGUUUAAGAACAAGACCGAUGAUGCCUCAGCUAAUAAAUCUAACAAGCACGCCUCAAUGCCCCCUCCAAAAGAACUAACCAUCCCUGCAACACCACCUCCUAAGACUGAUGCAUCACCACCACCUUCUCCUUCUAACGCUGAUUCAGCACCGCCUUCCAAUGAAGGUUCUGAUGCCCCUCCGCCAAAGGAGGAUGGUGCUGCUGUCCCUCCACCAAAGAAGGAUGGUGCUGCAGCAUCACCGGCUGGGGAUGUAGCACAUCCUUCACCACCAGUAGAUGGGGCAGGAACUCCUGCUCCAUCACCCCAAGAGGAUGAUAAUGCAGCAGCCCCAGCCCCUUCACCCCAAGCUGAUGGAGCUUUAGGAGCAAUAUGUGCAGCCACAGAUUUCAGUCAAAGUUGUGGGGACAUUCUGUCAAAAGUUUUACAAGCGAAUGCCUCUGGCGCUCAACCCACAGAUCUUCUCAAGGCAACCGUGUCUGCUGCUGUAGAUGAGAUUGCAACCAGCAUUGAUGCACUAGGAAAAAUCAACAAGGAUAUCCCAGAGAAGACCGUCGCUUAUGAGGAUUGUAUGGCCCUCCUUGCUGAUGCCAGAAAAGACUUGAACGCUUCCAUUUACAUGCUUGAUGGCAGCAUUAAUGAUGCCACCACAAUACCAGCUGAACUCAAUAACAAGUUAAGUGCCGCCUUGACAUACCAAGGCAUGUGUGUGGAUGGAUACCCUGAAGCAGACCAAUCCACCGUGCAAAGCACCCUGAAGAAAGCACAGGAACAUACUAUCAAUUCUCUUGCUGUUGUCUCAGGGUUGUCAUCAUCCCCGCAACAAAAUAAUAGUGUUAAGAGACGUCUUCUUACAACACGAUUAGGUGCUCCAGCAUGGAUUAAUCUAGAUGAUCGAAGAAUGUUGGAUGAAGAAGAAGUCAAAGGUAUGAAGGCAUUUAUAAACAUCACUGUUGCAAAAGAUGGUAGUGGUAAUUUUAGUACCGUAAAUGAAGCUGUAAAGGCAGUUCCUCAAAACUUUGAAGGAAGGUUCUUUAUCUAUAUUAAAGGAGGAGUUUACCAAGAGAAUGUAGUUGUGUCACAAGUCAAUCUUACAUUUAUUGGAGACGGAUCCCAAAAGAGUAUCAUCACUGGGAGCAAAAACAUUGUGGAUGACCUGACAACAUACCAAAGUGCAACUGUUGUUAUUUCAGGAAAUGGAUUUCUUGCAUAUAAGGUAGGAUUCAGAAACACCGCAGGUCCUGAAAAAUUACAAGCGGUGGCUCUCAGAGUCCAAGCUGAUCAUGCACUAUUUAUGAAUUGCCGCAUGGUAGGUCACCAAAGCGUGAUCUAUGCUCAAACCUAUCGACAGUUCUACCGUGGAUGUUACAUCACUGGCACAGUCGAUAUCAUCUCAGGCAACGCGGCCGCUGUGUUCCAAAACUGCCAAUUUUACCUAAGGAAACCAAUGGAUAAUCAAAAGAAUGUCAUUACUGCACAAGGAAGGUCGCACAAGCGCCAAACCACAGGGACCGUCUUGCAAGGCUGUAGCAUUUUUGCAGACAAUACGCUUCAAUCUGAAAAAUCAAAGUUCAAGAGUUACUUGGGUCGACCAAUGAAGGAAUACUCGAGGACGAUUGUAAUGGAAACAGACAUUACUGAUGUGAUUGAUCCAGAAGGAUGGGAGGCUACUAGCGGGGACUAUGCGUUGAGCACUCUGUAUUUUGCGGAAUACAGCAACAGAGGCGCUGGAUCCGAAACAGGCUCUAGAGUUAAAUGGGCUGGAUAUCAAGGUUCAAUAAGCAAGGAUGCUGCUUUGAAUUACACUGUUGAAUCCUUCUUACAAGGGCAAACUUGGUUGAAGGAAUACGAUGUUCAAGUUCGUUUUGGCCUUUCCAACUAAUCAUCAUCAUCAUAUUAAAUUAAUCUUUCUUCCUCUUUA